UCUGAAGGUGGAUGGGAGGUGAUUGAAGCCUAGUAUCUGGUCCAUCUCUCGUUGUGUUUUCAGUAGUGUUUGAAAGAUAGUUAAUUUGGAGUGGUCUCUGAUGAUAAAAAUGCUCUAGAUCCAAGAGAAAGCGGAGCAUGAGGUUGGAAAAUUUCCCAAAACGCUAUUUGAUAGUCUUCUUAACUUUCAUCAGCACAUCUGUGUGUUAUAUAGAGCGUGUCGGCUUCUCCAUCGCAUAUACAGUCGCUGCAGAUGCUGUCGGGAUCGAUCAAUCAAGUAAAGGAACCAUUCUGUCCACAUUCUUCGUUGGUUAUGCUUGUUCUCAAGUGCCUGGAGGGUGGGCAGCUCAGAAAAUCGGGGGGAGGAAAGUUCUUCUUCUUUCAUUUGUUUUAUGGUCAUCUACAUGUUUUUUGGUUCCUCUUGAUCCAAACAGAGUUGGACCCUUGGUUGUGGCUCGUUUACUUGUUGGCGUUGCCCAAGGGUUUAUCUUCCCCUCUAUUCACACGGUUCUGGCUCAGUGGGUUCCGCCUCAUGAAAGGUCUAGGUUAGUUUCAAUCACGACAUCUGGGAUGUAUCUAGGUGCAGCAAUCGGAAUGUGGCUUCUCCCUGCUUUAGUUGAGUUUAGAGGCCCGGAAUCAGUUUUUCUCGUGGAAGCAUUAGCAGGUGGCAUAUGGUCGGUUCUUUGGUUUUGGUAUGCGACUGACCCACCUCGAUCCGAGCAUCCAAAAGCUAUGGCUGUUGGAUUUGGAGGUUCAUUGUUGCCAACUAAUCUAAACCAGAACGGCAGUGUCCAUCCUAAAACGACGAAAAUCCCAUGGAAGAAAAUUAUGGUUAGUUUGCCAGUCUGGGCAAUUGUGGUUAAUAAUUUCACGUUUCAUUAUGCGUUGUACGUGUUAAUGAACUGGCUGCCGACGUAUUUUGAACUUGGUCUCCAGCUCAGCCUUCAGAAAAUGGAUUCAUCGAAGAUGAUGCCUUAUCUCAACAUGUUUGCAUUCUCCGUCCUUGGUGGUUUUAUUGCAGACUACUUGAUUACUAAAAGAAUCUUCUCUGUAACCAGGACCCACAAGUUCUUGAACUCAGUCGGGUUCAUAGUUGCUUCCGCAUCACUAAUGGCUCUCCCAUUCUUUAGAACUUCCAGUGGCGUCAUCUUCUGCUCUUCAGUGGCCCUUGGCUUUUUAGCACUAGGAAGAGCCGGUUUUGCAGUGAACCAUAUGGACAUCGCUCCCAGGUAUGCGGGAAUUCUGAUGGGAGUUUCAAACACAGCUGGAACCUUAGCUGGAAUCAUCGGUGUCGAUCUGACUGGAAAGCUUCUGGAAGCUUCUAAAAUGAUGUACUCGGAUCUGUCGAAUCCAGAGAGCUGGAGGCUUGUGUUCUUCAUUCCAGGGUUACUUUGUAUAUUCAGUUCCGUCGUGUUUCUGAUAUUCUCUACGGGUGAGAGGAUCUUCGAUUGAAAAGGUGUACCUAGGUUUUCUCUUGCAUGUGAAACUAUAUAUCUAGGGUAAUUCAUUUGAUCAUGGAGGUCCACACCUUAUGUAACAAUGAACUAGUUAUCAGAAUAAGUAACCUUACUUUGGGUAA